CGCACUUCCUCCUCAGGGGCCUUGAGAAAACCACAGGGCGCCGGGCCUGGCAGGCCGCCCCGGGGAGCCGGCAGGAUGGCCGAGGGCAAGGCGGGCGGCGCCGCCGGCCUCUUCGCCAAGCAGGUGCAGAAGAAGUUCAGCAGGGCCCAGGAGAAGGUACUGCAGAAGUUGGGGAAAACUGUGGAAACCAAAGAUGAACGGUUUGAGCAAAGUGCCAGCAACUUCUACCAUCAACAGGCUGAAGGCCACAAGCUAUACAAGGACCUGAAGAACUUCCUCAGUGCAGUCAAAGUGAUGCAUGAAAGUUCAAAGAGAGUGUCGGAAACCCUGCAGGAGAUUUACAGCAGCGAUUGGGAUGGUCGUGAGGAGCUGAAGGCCAUCGUAGCGAAUAAUGAUCUCCUUUGGGAAGACUAUGAAGAGAAAUUAGCUGACCAGGCUCUGAGGACCAUGGAGAACUAUGUAGCCCAGUUCAGCGAGAUUAAGGAAAGAAUCGCCAAGCGGGGCCGGAAACUUGUGGACUAUGACAGUGCCCGACACCACCUGGAGGCAGUGCAGAAUGCCAAGAAGAAAGAUGAGGCCAAGACUGCCAAGGCAGAGGAAGAGUUCAACAAAGCCCAGAUUGUGUUUGAAGAUCUGAACCAGGAACUACUAGAGGAGCUGCCCAUUCUUUAUAAUAGUCGUAUUGGCUGUUAUGUGACCAUCUUCCAAAACAUUUCCAACCUGAGGGACGUCUUCUACAGGGAGAUGAGCAAGCUGAACCACAAUCUCUACGAGGUGAUGAGCAAACUGGAGAAGCAGCAUUCCGACAAAGUCUUUGUGGUGAAGGGACUCUCAAGCAGUAGCAGGCGCUCCUUAGUCAUCUCUCCCCCCGUCCGAACAGCCACAGUCACCAGCCCUCCGACUUCACCUACCAGCCCCUCUGCACUUUCCUUGAAGAGCGAGAGGGACUCCAUCUCAGCAGGUGAAGAAGAACUGGCAUCUGAUCCAGGCCAGACAGAAGACAACUCCGAGGUUAAAGAAGAGCCCUUGAAAAACAAGGAAAUAGAGGAGGAGGCCGAAGCAAGCUCCUCUGAGGAGGAAGAGCCUCCGCUCGCCUGCAACGGCCCAACCCAGGCCCAGGCCUCCCCCACCACUGACAGUGGGGAGUCCCAGGAGGAAGUUUUCUCUUGCUCCCCAGCUCCAUCACCAGGCAGAACCCUGAUCUCUUCAGAGCAGGCUUCAUCUUUCCCAGAAGCAGUCCUCCGAACCCGCACCUCAAGUGAAGGAUCUGAACGGCCAAAGAAGAGAGCCUCGGUGCAGAGGGCCUCCGCACCCCCCAACAGGCCGCCUCCGCCCAGGGCCACUCCCAGCCCCAGGUUCUCCUUGGGGAACGCGCCCUCCAGCCCUUCGGCCUCCGAACAGGGUUCACCCGCCAGCCCUAGGGCCUCCUCAGGGUCUGAGGCCCCAAGUCCUAGGGCUUCCUUAGAGGCUUCUCCUGAUCCACAGCCACCAGAGAAGCCAGCAAGAACUCCUGAGGCCAGAGAAAAGGAAAACAUCGACAAUCUGAACCCAGAAGAACUUGGUUCUUCCCCUAGCCUGAUGACCUCUCAGCACCAAGCUCUUCAGCUUCCUGUGUGUGCGAUUCCAGGAGAGAACAACAUCACAACACCUGAGCCUCAAGAAGAGGUAUCUACGAUUGAAAACGCACGGCCCUGAAGAGGACCCACCAAGACCUCCACACACACACCUCCCCAGAGAGGCUCCUCAGCUGGAGGAUCUAGGUCAGAGGGAUGUAAGAUCCAGCAUUCAUGUCUGGUUUCUCAAAUAGUAUGAAUACUGGCAGUCUCUAAAGAUCUAGCAUUAAUGGAGGUUUUAGCACUGUUAGAAUAAUAAGACUUUAUAUUUUAGUUAAAGUGGGGCUAAAAUGACUAUAAAAAUCAAAAGCUUCUGCAGACAUAAACAUUGGUCCACACAGAGACAUAUAAGCACACAUACUCAGAGAAUAGUGAACAGAUCUUUGAUUUACCACUCAUUUUGUAAGACUUAAAACCAAACAAAUGGGUUUUCAGAUUGUUAAAUAAAUUAUUACUCUGAC